AUGCUAGAGAUUUUCAGCAUGAUUCGGGGCGCAGGGGGUCGGCUGCCAGACCUUGCCGGGGUGUCGAUACACAGCAGCCCAGUAGCGAUUCCUUUCUGUGAUUAUCGAAGCCGUUCAGCGUUUAAGCUGAAGCAGCUUGACGACGAAUAUCUUUUUCUGAGGAAAGACCGCGUUGUUCUUGACUUGGGAUGUUACCCUGGAGGGUGGUGUCAAGUAGCUGCAAAGCGCUGUCUAGUUGCAGGAUACGAAUCCCCUGAUCAGCCAAACGGUGGGGCUUCAACUCCCUCUACUUCCCGCGUCAUUGGGGUUGAUGUUGCCCAAAUGGACCCUCUCCCGAAUGUGCAGUUCAUUCAAGGGAGGGUCGGAGACGCGAAGACUCUGCAUGCAGUGCUGCAGGCGCUGGGAGACCGAAAAGCAGAUGUUGUGUUGAGUGAUAUGGCGCCAGCAUGCACUGGCAUUAGACACGACGACCACUUCAAUUCUGUGGAGCUUUGCCUCUACGCCGCCGACCUAAUGGAGCAGGUUCUGUGCCUCGGGGGGACUUUUGUUGUCAAGAUUUUCAUGGGGAGUGAAACUGGGAACUACAAAACAUACCUCAAGAGUAGAUUCACUCGCGUAUCGUCCGCUAAACCGCGGGCUUGUCGCCAAGAGUCACGAGAAAUGUAUUUUGUCUGCAUGGGUUUUAAAGGGAGAGACAAGAUGUCCCAAGAGGUUCAAAUCAAAGGGUCCUUCUCUGCGCGAGAGGGAUACGCAUAA